ACAAAUCCGGGGAGAGGCCGGCCGGCUGGUCGCUCCUGACUCCGAGGGCGAGCCUCAUUGGGAGCCGCCGGCCGCCGCCCGGGUCCCGCACUGCUAGGCCUUGCGGGCCUUGCGGGACACCCCCGGGCUACUUGGGACAACACCGGCCGGUUCCAAGACCCGCGACUCUCCGGACGCCUCUGCUCCUAGAGGCCUUGUACUUUCUUUUUUAAGAGAGGAGUUCCUCUUUCCAACCUGUCUCUCCCCACCCCAACUGGCUGACCUCUGCGGAAUCCUGUUGCUCUGGUUUUAAACUGUGACUCCAACUUGGUAUUUACUAAUUUUUAAAUUCUGAUGUCUAAAGACUAUGAUCAAAGCUGUACAGAGCUCUUAGCAGCGCUUAGCCCGCUGCUGUGGAGGGUGCUAAGAAGUUCAAAGGAUUACAGGGCGGCCUGGAAGGAAGAGGCCAGAGAACACCCUCUGCCUGAGACCUGUUAUGGUGGCCCCGCCUCCGGACGGCUUACAGUCCAGUGUGGGGAUGGAGGCCAUCACGCAAGAAAUCACUGCAAGACCAAAACAGCAAACCAAAACUAUUUAAGUGACAUAGUACAUGGCACAGAUGGAAGACUUCAGAAGACGGUAGAGUCAGAGCAAGCUUUUGUUUGGACCCCUAAGAGUUAGAAGGUGUCCACCUUCCUUCUCAACCAACCUGAUGUAUGACCUUGGGAGUGAGCUUCACCGCUUUCAGUGUCAGGAGACUCUGCUUUGUGCUUCUGGACAACUGUAACCUUGGGAAGUUAUCAUCAAGCGGAGCUCAGGCUCCUGGGCCCUUUACCUGCGUAGCCACAACAGGUUAUCGGUUGAAGGCAGCCUUCCUGCCUGUCCCCCAUCUACCCCCUGGAUACUCUCUUCUCUAGGUUCCAGAUGCAGCUCCAUUCCUUGCUUGGGGGGCAGAAUUCCUCAUCUUGGCUGCUGCUCUGAGCUCCCAGAGGCCAGGAGGCAGAUGAAGGAAAAUGAGGAUAGCUCUGGCGGUUUACUAGUUUACACAAAUGCCUCCUCCUGUCAACUGCUCUAGCUGGCUUUUGGUUAUCCCUUGGCUGCCCUUGCUGGUCACCAGAACUGGAUUUCAUUUGGAGACAGCUGUGUGUGUCCUCUGGGUGAGGGUGGCCUGAAGACAACCUGGUGAUUUGCCCCAGAGUCAGCCCUGGGACAGACAAAAGCAGAGUUGGUACCAGUGACCAUGAGGGCUCUGCGGCUGCUCAGAACCUCCUUCCUGUGCUGCCUGCUCUGGGCCUUUUGUGCCCCAGGUGCCAGGGCUGAGGAGCCUGGGGCCAGCUUCUCCCACCCCGGCAGCGUGGGCCUGGAUAAGAACACAGUGCACGACCAAGAGCAUAUCAUGGAGCAUCUAGAAGGCGUCAUCAACAAACCAGAGGCGGAGAUGUCUCCACAAGAACUGCAGCUCCAUUAUUUCAAAAUGCAUGAUUAUGACGGCAAUAAUUUGCUUGACGGCCUAGAACUCUCUACAGCCAUCACUCAUGUCCAUAAGGAGGAAGGGAGUGAACAGGGACAAAUGAGCGAAGAUGAACUGAUCAAGUUAAUAGAUGGUGUUUUGAGAGACGACGACAAGAACGACGACGGAUACAUCGACUAUGCCGAGUUUGCAAAGUCACUGCAGUAGGUGGGACUUGGCCACCUCCUGGUUACACGCGAAUGUGACCCACUGUAAUGUGACUGGACACUUCUGGUAAUGCAAAAUAACUCAUUUCCAAAGCACUGCUGCGGUAUUUUGGGAAAAAUCUGUAGCAAUUUGUUGACACUGGGGUGAGAAAGAGGAAUCAAGAGAAAUAAAAGAGGAAAAAUGGGACAUGGUGUGGUCCCCAAGAACUGUUAAAUCUCUUAUUCGACAAGGGCUUGAUUAAAGAAUCCUUUUGAGAAUAUUGGCUAUUGGAGCUGAGCACUCAGGAACUUGACGGAAAGAGUACUUCCAGGCUCUUGGUUUUAAUUCAUGCUACUUGAAAAGUAAGAUGAGCUUUGCCAACUGGACACACUUUUCAGUAACAGUGAAGGAGUGGAGUGAAUGCCAAAUGUUUCCCCUACUGGGUCCUGUUUCUUCAGGUCAACGUGGUCAGUAGCCUGUAAAGUGCUCUUGGCCUAAAGAAUAACUUGCUCUGGGCACUUUGGAAAUGACACACCACUGACCUAACUCAUUAACCUUUUUCAGUUUUUCAAUAUCUUAUAAAACUACUGCCACAAUCUUAGACUUUCUUUCUUUCAUGUCUCUUUCAACCUAGGAGAGACCUCAAAUCUAAAAGUUGUUCUCUACUUCUAAUCAUUAGCAAACGUUUUAGCUUUCUAAAUAUUUAUAUUUAACUCUCGUUUCUAGGGUUUUGUUUUUGCAGUUUAGAAACUAUUAGGAAAUGUAAGGACUUUAUCUCUUCUGCUUGAUACAGCAGGGAUGAACUAGUAGCCGGUCUAGCCUAAGUGAGAAGUGAAGAGAUUCUUUACCAGGCACAGUGAUCAACCUGAUACACAUUAGAUUGAGAAGUGAUGUUUAAAUGACCUCAUCUAGCCUGAAUACGUGAAUUCUUUUUGAUCAGGAAAGAUUAGAAAAAGAAGCCAAAAAACUCUUAACAGUGUGAAUCUCAACAGUAAUUGAAAUGAGAAGCAGCAACAGGUUUAUUGGCUGUGACGGAAAGGCUGCGAUAAGAAACCUGAAAUGAUGGUUGAAUGGGGAAAAAAAAAGCUGCAUAAAAUUUGCUGUAAGAUAUAUAGAGACUUAUUUUCUUUCUUAAAAUAUUCUUAUAAGAAAACAUAUAAGUAUUUGUAAAAAUGGUUUCCUGUGGCAAGUAUUUGUGCGAUCAAAGCUGAAUUGUAAACUAUUCUUGUAAUAUCGAGUUAUUUUGAAAGAUUUAUAUAAUGAAUUCUGGAUAUAUGACCAAUAAAACUGAAGAAACAAAA